AUGGCUGUCAGUUCGUUUCAGACUGGACAUGAGCGCGAUCACAGCGUCAGAGGCAAUUAUCGAAAGGAUGCUAGAGCUGCAGGAUUUGUUCAUACCUACGAUGAAUUCGUUCACACCUUCAAUGCCGGAAUUGAAUUGUGCAGAUUCAAAAUCGUCCUGGAUAAUCGAUCCAGGAACCGAUCUCUCUGCAAUCAUACGUCAUACAGAGCCAUACUGUUGCGUCGUGAUCAUGCACCUUACCUCAACUUUUUAAAGUAUUUCGAACGGAUCAAAAGCAGGAAAAAUAAAACCGAGCAGGCACAGGACAAAACUGCUGGGUUCAUGUUUCCACCCACUAUCCCGUACAAGAGCAAUCAAGUGGACUGCGAAUAACAGAAGGAGUUGCGAAGCAAUGCAAACAUGCGUUGACUUGUGGGAAGACG